UAGUCGCCUAUGUGUUUGAAUUAUUUUUCUGGCCAUAGGAUUUUACACAUGAUCAUUCCUAGAAGGCACAUAUCUUGGAUUUGUCUUCUCUGUUUUCUUAGUGAUCUGUUCUCCUUGGUCCUAUAUAACUUGUAAUUUAAUCAUUUAGUUAUCCAACUGGAAAUAGAGGAGUAGCUUAUAAAAAUGGUAGCCAUGUUAUUCUUUCUUCUUCUCUUUACAAAUUUUCGGGCAACAACUCAACAGGAGCAUCUCAAUAUAAAUCUGUACUCUUCUCUAACCCCCACGGGAAACUCCUCCUGGCUGUCCCCUUCUGGUUUUUAUGGUUUCGGAUUCUAUUCGCAAGGAAAUGGUUUUUCUGUGGGAAUUUUUAUCGCAGGAAUACCUCAAAAGACUCUUGUUUGGACAGCGAAUCGUGACAGCCCUCCAGUUCCAGGAAAUGUUACCUUGCAUCUUACGGGUGGUGGCAGUCUCAUGCUACAAUCAGCAGAUGGCCAAGAAGAAUCUAUUAUAAGUACUUCUGUGCCUAUUGCAAAAGCCUCUAUGUUUGAUUCAGGGAAUUUCGUUCUCUACAAUUCCGAUGAGGAGAUAAUAUGGCAGAGUUUUCGGAAGCCCACAAAUACAAUAUUGCCAGGCCAAAGUCUCUUGGCAGGGGAAGAGCUGUAUUCAAGUGUCUCGGAAACCGACCAAUCAACAGGGAUCUUUCGUCUGAAGAUGCAAUACGAUGGAAACCUGGUGCAAUAUCCGAAGGAUACUCCAGAUUUGGCUCCAUAUUCUUAUUUUUCAUCUUUCACAGAUGGAAGAGGUGGUAAUGUGUCUCUAAACCUUGAUUCUGAUGGCCAUCUGUAUCUGCUUGAUUCUAAAGGAUCCAAUAUAAAAAAUUUUACACCAGGAGGCAAUUCUACAAAAGAAUUAUUUUAUUUGAUGAGAAUUGACAUAGAUGGGAUCUUCCGAGUGUAUUCAUUUACAUUAAAUCAGAGCAAUCUGUCAGUUGUAUGGGUUUCUUCGAAUGAGAAGUGUUCCCCAAAGGGUAUUUGUGGUUUAAACAGGUAUUGUUUUUAAAAUGAUCAAGAAAUUGGCUGUCAAUGUCUUCCAGGAUUUGCAGCUAGUGGAGAGGGCAGCAGAAUUUCGGGAAGCUGCCAAAAGAAUUUCUCGACCGAGAGUUGCGAAAGCAAGUAUGGAAACAUCAUAUACAGUAUUGAGAGGGUUGCAAAUACCACAUGGGAGGACAAUCCGUAUUCCAUUCUGUCAUUACCGACGGAAGAAGAAUGUGUAGAAGUGUGCUUAGAAGAUUGUAAUUGUGAAGCUGCAAUGUUCAAAGAUGGAAAAUGCAAAAAGCAAAAGCUUCCUCUCACAUACGGAAGAAAACUUAGCGAUUCAAAUAUAGCUCUCAUCAAAGUCGGCGUUUCAAAAUUUGCAGCUUCCCCAAGAGAAGGGGUUGAGCCUCAGAGAAGCAAGAAGGAGCGCCAGGCACAUUUUUUAAUUGUUGGUGUUUCACUGAUUGUGUUUGCACUCACUAUUUUGAUAAUUUCUGGAGUCCUCGUCUACAGGAAUGGAGUUUACAAGUACAAAAAGAUCUCAAGUAAAAUUCGAUUAGAUGAGGAUGUUGGUCCAAAAUCAUUUACUUACUUGGAACUAUUGAGUGUGACUAACAAUUUUAGUGAAGAGAUUGGUAGAGGAGCAUUUGGGACAGUUUUCAGGGGGGAAAUAUCUCAUGGUCAGAAGGUUAUUGCUGUUAAGAGACUCGAUAGAGUUUCAACUGAAGGAGAAAGAGAAUUUCUGAUUGAGAUGAAAGCAAUUGGGAGGACUAAUCAUCGGAACUUAGUCCGUCUACUUGGCUACUGCCAUGAGGGGCCUAACAGGCUCUUGGUAUAUGAGUACAUGAGCAAUGGUUCACUUGCAGAUUUGCUCUUUACACCAGAAAAGCAACCUUAUUGGGAUCAGCGGAUGGAUAUUGCUCGCAACAUAGCAAGAGGUCUCCUAUACCUCCACGAAGAUUGUGAAACCCGGAUUAUUCAUUGUGAUAUAAAGCCUCAGAACAUUCUCAUAGAUGAGUAUAAUUGUGCAAAAAUAUCAGACUUCGGAUUGGCAAAACUUCUGAACCCUGACCAGACUAGAUCACUUACUGGGAUUAGAGGGACAAGGGGGUAUGUUGCCCCGGAAUGGCAUAGGAAGCUACCCGUGACAGUGAAAGCAGAUGUUUACAGUUUUGGAAUUGUACUAUUUGAGAUCAUAUGCUGUCGACGAUGUGUGGACUCGACCCUUUCUGAGGAAGAAGCUAUUCUUGAAGAAUGGGUUUACCGUUGUUUUCAGGCCGGUGAGCUUAGAAAAGUUGUGGGUGAUGAAGUUGUUGAUAACCUGGAGUUGGAAAGGAUGGUUAAUGUGGGACUUUGGUGCAUCCAAUAUGAGCCACCACUCCGUCCUUCAAUGAAAGCGGUUGUAUCUAUGUUGGAAGGCGUAGCAAAUAUCCCACGUCCUCCAAGUCCUACCUCUUUUUCUUAGUGCCAAUUAUAAUUUUUGUGCUUGCAGUUAUUGUAAAUUUGAUGAAAGCUGGGUUUCCUCGUGGUAUAUUCCUGAAUUGUGAUUUUAUAAUUUGUGUAAUUUCCUCUGUUUAGAAAUGCUAUAGAUGGAAGCCAAGAUUAAUUACAUAGAUAUCUAUAUGUAUUCAUGUACUACAUAAUACAAGCUUAGAGCACAAAUCUUUUACCAUUUCUAUAUGGAAA